UAGAGGGCGUACAAGCUUAGCAAUACAGACCCCAGCAGCUCUGCAAGUGUUUACUAGCGUCAAGCUAACUGCUAACAUCAUAACAUAAACCACCUUUGCACAAUUCGGGGCUUGGACUUUGGGUGUUCCGUUGGCUACUCCUCAGCAGGUUUAGCAGGCUAAACAUGCAGAAAUAUGAAAAACUCGAAAAAAUCGGAGAAGGUACAUACGGGACCGUUUUCAAGGCUAAAAAUAGAGAAACCCACGAAAUUGUGGCUCUGAAAAGAGUCCGUUUGGACGACGACGACGAGGGCGUGCCAAGCUCAGCUCUCAGAGAAAUAUGUCUUCUCAAGGAACUCAAACAUAAAAACAUUGUCCGACUACACGACGUAUUGCACAGUGACAAGAAGUUAACGUUGGUGUUUGAAUAUUGUGACCAGGAUUUGAAGAAAUACUUUGACAGCUGCAAUGGUGAUUUAGACCCUGAAACAGUGAAGUCUUUCAUGUUCCAGCUGUUGAAAGGACUCGCUUUCUGUCACAGUCGGAAUGUUCUUCACAGAGAUCUGAAGCCACAGAAUCUUCUUAUCAACAGAAACGGGGAAUUGAAGCUGGCUGACUUUGGGUUAGCGCGGGCUUUUGGCAUUCCUGUCAGGUGUUACUCCGCUGAGGUGGUGACAUUGUGGUACCGACCCCCUGAUGUGCUGUUUGGUGCAAAACUCUAUUCUACCUCUAUUGACAUGUGGUCUGCUGGCUGCAUAUUUGCAGAGCUGGCAAAUGCUGGAAGGCCUUUAUUUCCGGGUAACGACGUGGACGACCAGUUGAAAAGAAUCUUCAGGUUGUUGGGAACGCCGACAGAAGAACAGUGGCAAACAAUGACCAAGCUCCCAGAUUACAAGCCAUAUCCAUUGUAUCCAGCCACCACCUCACUGGUUAACGUGGUGCCCAAGCUAAGUAGCACAGGUCGAGAUUUACUGCAGAACCUUUUGAAAUGUAACCCGGUCCAGAGGAUCUCUGCAGAAGAAGCCUUGCAGCACCCUUACUUUGCAGACUUCUGCCCACCCUAAAUCCUUACCAGCCCUACCACUCAAUCUUGGCUGCCACAAUCAGUCCUCCCGUCAUGGUAGCAGGUCAUUAGAAGUAAGCCAAACCCCUCCGCUCAAGAAAACACCUUGCUCCGCUUCAUAUUGAUUUCAAAGCUGCUUUUCCACUACACGGUAAAUAUGAGCUUUUUUACAAACGGAUAGUAAAACUUUGCAACUGAAAUAACAUUUUAGGUAGCUCCCUGGUGCAUCAACGGAUUUGCUCAGAUUCCUUUUCCUGGUCACACUUGUUUGGUGCUGGACAGAAUUUAUCAUUGUUCCUUGAAACACAAAAAGUCAUGCUCAUUAGGAAAAUGGCAGAAAAAACAGCAAAACGCAGCAAACCCGGCAACAUGAAGGAAAUGACACAAAAAUAGUAAUAGAAGGAUUACAGCAUUGUCUAAUUCGUAUUUUUACUGUAUUUCCUCAUAGUGGUCAAUGGCGUUCAUUUAUUCACCUUCAGAGAGUAACAGGCAUCUAUUAGGGAUAAGGGUCGUCAGGCCCACAUUUGCAGAAAGGUGUUUUGUGUAAUUUUACCCACAUAAUUAUAGUAAUAUAUAUCUUAAUUAUAUUAAAAUAUAUAUUAUAAUACACGUUAUUGUAUAUUGUUUGAUUGCCUGUUGCAUUUUUCUAAUAAAUAAUGCAAUUUUGAUUUAAAAAUAAAUAAUUAAAAUAUUACAGUGCUGAUUAUAAUACAUAUUACUGCAUAGAUUAGUAUACAGUUGUCGAAUGAAUGAAUGAAGAAAUGACUGACUUUUGCAGGUUUAAAUUAGCACAUGCACAAUAAUAACUAGAGGAGCACUCGCAGAGCGCAGGCUUCCACCAAGCCAAUAGUUCCCCGUAUAUUGUGAUGCACACCAAAAUGGUAAUCUUAUAUAUUUUGGACCAGUCUUUGAUAUUUUGUAGAACAUGUUCAAAACUUGUCCUGUAUUUUUUAUUAUUUUUUUCCAAGUGCUCUGACCAUUUUUUGUGAAGUUCUACGCAGAGUAAGUGCUGAAAAUGGUCCUAUCUUGCAAUAUUAAAGAAUCCUUCAAAAUAAAUUCCUGGAUUCAGACAGUGAUCCGGAUCAUCAGUUCUUCCAUAUCCCAUUUCCGACAAAUCCUGAAAAUUUAAUCUGAAUCUAAGCUAAACAUUUAAAUUUAUUUUGAACACAAACAAACAGAUAAAAGGCGACAAAAUUGAGUCAUGUGUUAUGUCUAAUAUGUCUUUUCUCUGAUUAUGGUAUGUCUACAAUAUUUAUGUAAAGGUGACUAUCUGGGUGUUACUUCAAGUCUACACAUUUUUUGAUAAUAUUUAAUUUAUUAAUACUGAAUCUGCCAACAUUUGCCGGUUUCAGUUUCUUUGUUCAGCCAGCCGUGAUGCUGGAGCAUAACAAAGCCUUUGUUUGUGACGUGCACCUUCCCAAAAAAUCCUUGAGCUGCAGUGACACUGAUAGAUUAAAGCAGUGAUUGGUCGGCUUGGAAUACAAUAGAUCCUGAGUGUAUAGACUCGUUCAGAGGGCGGACAGCCCAGCUCCAUGAAUGCCUUCUCCUACAAUUUUCGAUCUACGGACUGUUGAUUAGUUUCUGCUGCAAAUAAAUUCUCGUUCAAUCUUUAAUUACCAUUAUUCGCUCACUACAUGACGCUAACAAGCUAAAUAGUCAACAAGAACUGUGAUACCUCACAGAUUUGACAUUGCAUUACAAGCUCAACCCUGACACCAAGCUAUAACAGCAAGGGUGUUCAAGGCACAUUGUAGAAUUAAAGUAAACAAAUAAAAAAAUCUAAAAAUAAUACAAAUACAGCAAAAGGAUUGAAGCUGAAAUGUUGAUAAUUAAUAACUAAUAAUGCAAAACUUUCUCUUGAAAUAUGUAUCACAUUUUACAAAAUAAGAACAAUUAUUGAAAAGUUGCUGGGAGGCGCGAUUUUGUCUUCAAGGUUGGCAUGUCUGAUAUUUAUAAUAGUAAAUAUUUAGAUUUUUCCACCAAAAAAAUUUAAAUAUUAAAAUGUUUGACCUGCAGACUCCAGAUUUUAUCCAUCCUAAAACCUUAAAAACAGCUCUACAGAUGUCAUGUCUGUAUCUUACAAUGACAUCUUACAAGUACGCCCAAUGGCGUCUAUAUGAGGUGUGAUGUAUUUAUUUAUACAGUGAAUGGCCUUACCAGAUGAUUGAGGUAUGGCAUCUAUUAAAGCUUAGGCCACUAUUUGAGGAAAUACAGUAUGUCACCAUCGGUUGGCACCAUGUUAUGUAGAAAAAAUCAGCUUUUAAUUGGUUUAUUUUUUUCACAGAAGUGCUAGUUUCAUUCAACUAAAGCGCUUGUCUGAUCUGUUUUAAAUCUUGAAGUCAAACAAGCGUAUUCGUAGACAAAAGUCAUGUCAAAUCAGCAAACAUUUUGCAUACAUGCACUUUUCUUGCAUAUGGAAUUCAUUCAAUUAGGGAUUUAGGAAAAGUCCAUCAUAAAGAGGAAAAAAGUUAAAAGAAACAAAUAAGCAUGGCUAAAGGUGGCUGCAGAACUCUCUGGUCAAGUGAAGCGCAACAACAAGCUACAUUUUUAUUUAAACCGAUGUUAAAAUAUAGUUGUAAAUAUAAAUAUCGACAUGCAGAAUGAAUUGCCUCAAAACAAAACUAUAGAUUGGUCAUUUCCUCUUACUCCUUCAUGCAAAUGUGGCUAAGUAUUCAAUAAAUAUAAUGCCAAUAUUACAUACCUGCUCUGUUGCAAGAAAAUAAGAUAAGAAUAAAGUGGGGGUCACAACCUGCCGUACUCUGGGAAAUUUGGGGAUCCGUAAGUGUUGAGUGUGUGGAUUUUUGCACGAGCAGACACAAUGUAAUACUUUUAGUGCAAGAGGAACUUUAGCUGUGUGCAGGCUGCACAAACAAAUACACACAAAACAGCAUGCAGAGAGCGCAGACCUCCACCAAGCGACAUAGGUUCCCCCAUAUUGUGAUUUACACGCUUCCAAAGUGUGCUGACCAUUUUUUGUGGCGUUAUAUCAACAAAUGCCGAAAAUGGUCCCAAUAGGUUUUAUGUUUGAGCAAUUACUGUGGUUAUUUCCUUUUUCUUUUGAAACCGUCCCAUGGGCUGAGGCGCAAUGGUGAAAACUGUUAUUCAUUGCACUUGCAUGCACAUACAAAAUGAGAGUGGGUAAGGACAAUGGUAAUCGCACACCUAACUUGCAUUGUAAACACGCUGUAAGCAUGUAGAACUUACGAUGCACGUAACCGCUUAUGGCCAGGCGUGGUAUGGUAUGCGAGCGGCGUGCUCAAUCCCUGCUCUUGCCGCUCCAUCCCCACAUUUUCAAAAAAACGUACAGACUAAAGACACUUAUGGCGGGUUGUGAUUCGCACUUAACAUAAAACAUAAGUUAACAUAAGUUUGGGGGCACCAGCCGUAUUAGAACUUGUGACGCUAUCCUGUUGUUGACAUCCCUGCAUCUGCCUGGGGUUCGCGCACCUUAGCCUGCCUCCCUAUCCCUGGCCCCUCUCCACUCUGGUUCUCCUGACCUCCAGAACAGCAAAGACCCUGGCGAAAAACUGCAAGGUUUUCCGCCAGGAAUCAUGCCUAGCAAUGCUCCACGGAGGAGGAAGUGUGGCGGGGUCAACAGCUUCCAGCAGCCUGGAAAUGCUGUGUGCUAGCCAAAAUGGCCAGCGGCGACUCCCGUAAAGACCAUAGCACUUGGCUCUGGAGCUCACACUUUGCAAACAGUUGAGCCAAACGAUGAAAGACACAUAACGAAUGUAUUCUUGCAGACCGAUUUGGUGUAAGAACGCAGAUAGACCUGUUAAAAGCAUUAUUUUUUUAUCUGCUACAUUCAUCAUGUCUGACGCGGGAGAUAAGCUUCCUGUUUGAUUGUCUGGUUUUCAAUGAUUUAAUGGUUUCAUGCAACACACCAUGCACACUAUUGGGAGCAAAUAAUUUCAACAAUUACUCACAUUAAUCUGCUAAAUAUUGUACAAACAUACUGAGUUUGACCCCCAUUCAAUCACAGGAAGUGACAGACUGCCUAAAGGUCACAUGGUUGAAACGCAGCAUGAAGCUGGGUAUUACAUCAUUCAGUUCAUGCUGAUAAAAUCAAUUGAGUUAUAUUGGAGGGUGUGUGUGCAUGUGUGUGUUGCACAGAAUGAUAUACUUGUAUUAGUUUUUAAAAAAUGCACAUUUAAGGAUUGUUAUAAUUAAUACUUACUGGUGGUAGACUGCCCGCACUUUGCCAUCAAUAGAUAGUCAACGGAAAACAGCUCCAGUUUAACCAAAAACAGCAUUCUGCUUUUGGGAGGAAAAAACAAAAUACUAUAAAUACAUAUUGUUUGAACAAUGUCUCUAGAAUAGCAAUAACCUUCUGCAAACCAACCUGUCUUUUGUCCCGAUUGCCAGCCUGUGUGGAAUACUGUAUAGUUAUGAUGAUAAUAGCACAAGAAGCUAAUUUAUUUGAUCAUUUCCCCCAUUCUUUAUAUUUGCAUUUGCACACUUUUUAACUGACAUUGGGUCAUUCCGAUGUGAAGAGAUUUCAACACUUGAGAUUGUUGCAGCUGGUUUUCAAUUAAUGGGCCAAUAUUAUAAUUUUACUCUCAUCAGUGGACCAUUCAUAGUGAUUUUUUUAUUUGUAAUACUUGGAUAAGAAAUGGGACAUCUUUCAUUUGAUUGUCUUGGUUUUUCAAUAGAUUGUUACAGCACUUCUCCCAUGAAGGCCUACGUAAUCGCCGCAGCUAUCUUCCAGUUUUUUGUUUUUUUAGCAGAAAUGGUUGCAUGUAUUUAUUAGAAUUAAUAAUUGCUGGAAUGUGAAGCAUCUUUCAUGCUACUGUUAGCAGGUUCUGUGUAGGUAUGUUGGUGUGUGUGGAUUAAGUUAUGAAAAAAACAACAAAAACAUGUUUACUCAGUAUUUCUGUGAAGUUUCAGAUAAAAAAAAACUGCUGUAGAGUUCAUUGAUACAGCUUCUGUUUUUAAUUUUUUUUCCCCCACAUUUUUUGUUAGCACAUUUGCUUCUGUUGGAAGAGGCUGGGACAGUUAUUGUUCUCACUAAUGUUUUUGUUUCUGUACAUUUCAGCCAAUAAGAUUCAGUGUUGAGUAAAGUGGACAUAAACGCA